AUGCAUCUCUCCCAGCUUUUCGUUCCUUUUGCUUUCGCAGGCAUGGUCGUUGCUUUUCCGGCUGAAGUACCGACUGCGCAGGGGAACCAGAUCACUGGACUUCCCACGAAGUCUGUUAAGUGUGGCGCUAAACACCCACGAGAGCAGACCUUUAAGGCAGCUCAGAUCAAGGUAGCUGCCGAGCAAGCCCUGGACCUUGUAGACGAAGGCAAACAGCUUGGCGCCCAGAACUACCCUCAUCGCUACGGAUACCGCGAUCCAACUGUCAAGCUCUCGUCUCAGUGCAAGGCAACCGACAACCUACAGGAGUUUCCGAUCAUGAGAGGCAAAUACACCGGUGGCGAUGUUGCAACUGUUCCAGACCGAAUUGUCAUCAAGAUCAAGGGCAAGAACAAGGCUGUCUACUGUGGACUGAUGACCCACGAGGGCGCGCCACCUGCGCCUGGUGUGGCUGGACCAUUCACCAGCUGCUCGGGCUAG